UUGUGAGUCAGACUGUCAGACAGUCCCGUGUCGGAGCAGCAGGAUCCUGAGGCUGCUGUGAUCGCCCCGCGCUGACACCUCGUCCUCCCCGACCCUAGCGCAGCCGGCCGGGACUCUGCUCAUGGAGGCCGCCUCUACCGCCGCCGUCAGCUCCCUGCACUGGUUCCGGAAGGGCCUCCGGAUACACGAUAACCCGGCGCUGGUGGCCGCUCUGCGGGGGGCGCGCUGUGUGCGCUGCGUCUACAUCCUGGACCCCUGGUUCGCCGCCUCCUCCUCCGGCGGGGUCAAUCGAUGGAGGUUCCUGCUGCAGUCCUUGGAGGACCUGGACUCGAGUUUAAGGAAACUGGGCUCUCGUCUGUAUGUGGUGCGCGGGCAGCCGGCCGAUGUCUUCCCCAGAUUAUUCAAGGAGUGGGGCGUGAACAGACUAACGUUUGAGUACGACUCUGAGCCGUUCAGUAAGGAGCGAGAUGCAGCCAUCAUGAAGCUGGCUAAGGAAGCCGGUGUGGAGGUGAUUGUGGAGAAUUCGCAUACGCUAUAUGAUUUGGACAAAAUCAUUGAGCUGAAUGGCAACAGCCCUCCUCUCACCUACAAGAGAUUUCAAGCCAUCAUCAGCCGCAUGGAGCUUCCUCGUCGACCCGUCCUGACCAUCACAAGACAGCAGAUGGCGCCCUGCCGAGGAGAGAUCAAGAACACGCAUGACGAGACCUAUGGGGUGCCAUCUUUGGAGGAGCUUGGCUUUCCAAGGGAGAAUCAAGGGGCCGCAGUAUGGCCGGGAGGAGAAACGGAGGCCCUGGCCCGUCUCGACAGACACUUGGAGCGCAAGGCAUGGGUGGCAAAUUACGAGCGACCACGGAUGAAUGCCAACUCUUUGCUGGCGAGUCCCACAGGCCUCAGUCCCUACCUGCGUUUUGGCUGUCUGUCCUGCCGCCUCUUCUACUACAGACUGCAGGAGUUGUAUCAGAAGGUAAAGAAGAACAGUCCUCCCCCACUGUCGCUGUACGGGCAGCUCCUCUGGAGGGAGUUCUUCUACACGGCUGCCACCAACAACCCCAAAUUUGACCAAAUGGAAGGGAAUCCAAUCUGCGUGCAAAUUCCUUGGGACCGGAACCCUGAGGCCCUCGCCAAGUGGACAGAAGGGAAGACUGGGUUUCCUUGGAUUGAUGCCAUCAUGACACAGCUGAGACUGGAAGGCUGGAUCCAUCACCUGGCAAGGCACGCCGUCGCCUGCUUCCUGACACGGGGGGAUCUCUGGAACAGCUGGGAAUGUGGCGUAAAGGUGUUUGAUGAGCUGCUGUUGGAUGCAGACUUCAGCGUGAACGCCGGCAGCUGGAUGUGGCUCUCGUGCAGUGCGUUCUUCCAGCAGUUUUUCCACUGCUAUUGUCCCGUAGGCUUUGGAAGACGGACAGACCCCAGCGGAGACUAUGUCAGACGAUACUUGCCGGUGCUCAAGGGCUUCCCGUCCCGUUACAUAUACGAGCCGUGGAAUGCCCCAGAGUCUGUUCAGAAAGAAGCCAAGUGCGUUAUAGGUGUUGACUACCCUAAGCCCAUAGUGAAUCACGCAGAAGCCAGCAGACUGAACAUAGAGCGCAUGAAACAGACCUACCAGCAGCUGUCCCGCUACCGAGGCCUCUGUAUAUUGGCAUCUGUUCCAUCCUGUGCAGAAGAUCUGAGUGGCCCAAUUAGUGACCCUGUUGCUCAUCAGAUCUCUAUAGAGGCAGCUCCCAAACUGUCCUUGUGUGCCCCCGACUCCCCCAAACGGAGGUACAAAAAAUCUGUCGAGGGAGCUUGUAAGAAAGCCCGGAUGCAGAGCGUCGCGGAAGUAGAGAUGACCGCUAAAGACUUCUGAAUGCAGAUGUGGAGACAUGCAUCCUCAUCUAGUGCAUGCUUCGUCUUACAGAAGAUGAAUAUUUGACUGCUGCCCCCUCACCCACUGGUAAAAUCCAUAACUCUUCUACCCGGACUGCAAUAAAUCGUCCGAAUGUCGGGACUCGUGCAUAAACAGGAGGAUGACUUGCUGCCCCCUCAUGGACAAUAUCACAUUUGAAUUCAAGACGAUGUCCAGGAUUAGAAAAAAACAUGGCCACAGCCUGACCAUAGGUUGUGUCUGAUAUUACUGCUUAUAUUAUGGCUAAGCUGCAGUACCGCUCACCGCCUGUGCACAGCUGUGGCGCUGUUUUUUGGGUGGGAGAAAAAGCAGCCAUGGUUUUCUAACCCGAGAAUCUGCUUUAUUGUGGAUAGGAGCUUCUAGGAAUGUUCCAGUGAGGACGCUAAUAUGAUAUCAUAUAAUAUGAUACGUCAACUUCUCCAUAAGGGGAUAUGCUGAUGGGCGCACCCGCUCCUGUGGUCUGGAGGAGAAGUCCAAUCCUAUAUGCAUAGGAUAUGCAUUUUAUGACCAUGUUACUUGAAGCUGAGCGAUUGUCUCAGCGGUGGCCCGGCUCUGACGUUUAAGCUGUAUACUGCUUGGGAUAUGCUCCAGGCUCAGGGCAGGACUAAAGCGAUGUACGUUAUAUGAUAAUGCAGUGAGAGAGGCCGAGGCUCCUCAACGUAACCUCAAGCAUGUGCUUAUAUUUCUUUAUAGUAUUGCCACUAGGUGGCGAUGUUCUCAGUAGAUUAUAAUUAAUUGUAUGGUUGCGCCAGGCAAGUAAAAAAAAAAGACAGAGAUUUAUAAUGGAGAAAGCAGGAUGUAUAUUCUGGACCCAAAAGCAGAAAUGAUACCAGGGCCCAUUGCGGCUGUCACCUGCCAAUACAGUUAGUCCAUACUCCUUCAGCUUGGCCAGAGCCAGAUUUUUGGGGAUUAUCAGAGUCAUCAGAAAUUAUGUGACGACAACCCUUCUCGCUAUAGUAAAGCAUGAAGAGCAAUUCCCUGUUAUUUAAGUGACUCUAUAUACUUGCUUCCUACACAUACUGGUAAUUCAGAGAUUGGGCUGAACUUUGGGAAGGUCAUUCUAUGUGGAAAUAUAUUUCGGAUGCUGCCUUAUAAUUCAGGCAUAUACACUCAUUGACAAAAACAAUGGCGCACCAAGAAGGAGUUCUUGGAGUCGAAUGAAAACUUUACGUAUGUGAAUGUAAUGAUAUACAGAUCUAGCGAGCGCCAACAUCAGUGGGCUAAUGCGUUAACCCAACAGUUUAACCACUUUAAGAAGCUUUGCACAUUGGUAACAAAGCCAGCGAGAUAAGCGUGUGUUACUGCGCCAGGAAUUACUAGAACGCCUGCUACAACUGUAUGUAAGGGCUACAAUAUUAGAGAGAAAAGGCAAAGUUUAUGGGGGGAUGGGGGCCGUAGAGUAGAAAGGAGGCUCUAGCCUGGAUACAGGAUGAGAUACAGUUGGGCAUGGAGGCAUGCAGGUUCUUUACCCUGCAGCACAUUUGCCCACAGAUGUCUCUGCUGGUCCUGUAGAUCCUGUACGCUCAUAGGUUGCUGAAGCCGGCGUCCCAGCUGGUCCCAUAAAUGCUAGAUUGUUGAUAAAUCUGGUGACCGGUCAGCUAAGGAAGUGCUGUAAUCUGGAGAAGACCUUCCUGGGAAACCCUUGCUGUGUGCGGGUGAGCAUUAUCCUGCUGGGUCGGUAGGAAGCCCUGCGAUGAGAGGACCACAUGUGGUGGCAGGAUGUCCUGCACAUAUCACUUCUCGGUGGGUGACCGACUGUCGUAUGCUGGAUCAUCACCAGCAGGUGGGGCAGUGUGUCGCUCCACGGCAAAGGCAGGAUUGAAGCACUCGCCUCGAGGCCUCCAUACUGGAACCUGACCGUCAUCGGAUGCCAACCAGAAUCUUGAAUAUUCAAUUAUGACAAUAUGGUUUCUGUACCUUGCAGUCCAGGUUUCUUGUUCACAGCACCACUGCAAAUGAGGAUGACGAUGGCUGGCUGUCAAUGGCAGGACACUUAAAGGGCGCCAUGACGCCAAAUUUCCUUCUGCUAAGUGUAUGGAGAUGGUGAGGGUGUGAUGAAGGGGCCAUCUGUGUCUAGAUAGUGGACAACUAAACUGUUUGUCGGGGAAUCAAAACUUCCUCUCUACUGGUGGUCUGUCUGGGCCGUCUGGAGCCUGUUCUCUACGUUUGCGUGCCCUCACUUAAACCACUGCUCCCAACAUCUCCUAACAGCUAGAUCUAAGCGGCCUAGAGGGCAGACAAUUGGUCAAAACGUUCAUCCUGCUUCUCUCAGUCCAGUGAUGAGCCCCCUCUCAAAGUCUAUCAACUGGGCAAAAUGUCUUUGAGGGUGCCGGAGGGGCAUGUCUAGCAGUCAAUUUCCUAUCACCAAGAGGUACACUACCCAGAUGUAGCCUCUGAGAGCCUUGUUAUAGGGCUGUAGUGGAAGCGUUUCUACGCCCUCUUGUGUUAAGACCCAGAGCACACCUGUAAUCAUUUACAUAUCUGCAUGCAGGGUUUUGUAGCAAUCCGCCAUUUCUGUCUGGGUGCGGUAUUUUUUAUUUAUUUAUUUUUGUCAUUGAGCUUAUUAUGACUGGGGCUCUGUGGGUUCCUGUUCUCAGUAGGAGGUGGCUGUACAUGUGCGGUCAUUCUCCAUUAAAGGCUAAGUACAUUUUCAAAACCAAAUUUGCUUUUUUUUUAUUUUUGCCCUCAAUGUAUCUAAAAUGUAUCAAUUUGUUUCUCUGGCUCCUAUGCAGACUGGGUGUCUCCAUGGUAACAGACAACAUUCUGUGUAGUCAGAUCCUGCAGUCCCAGUCAUCCACGUGUUAUCCUAGCACAAAGUAGGAGACAAAUAGAAGUACAAGACCACGGGAGCACUGUGCAUACAAUUUGUUUGUUACUAUGGAGACACAUGGGAGCAGAUUUAGCAAAACUGCCUUUGUAUCCUAGGGCAACCCUUCACAGUGUAGAUUUCAUCUCCCAGAGCAAUCUAACAAAUGAAAGCCGAGUUCUGAUUGGUUAUGAUGGACAACAAAGAGGGGUGUUUUUUUUUUUGUAUUUUUACAGUUUUGAUAAAUGAGUCCUGUCUGGAUAAGAGCCGUACAAUCAAUAGGAAAGUCUAAACUACAAUAUAUUGUAAAGUUCCUUCAUAAAAAUAAGAAAAAAUGUUAUACGCAUUUCAAAUACUUAAAAUAAAUGUUUGCUCUUAAUGGGGCAUUUCAGGAUUUUUAUAUUGAUGGCCUAUCCUCAGGAUAUCACAUCGUCUGACACCCUGCAUCACAGCCGAGUAGCUUCGUCCAUUGUGUAGUGGACAAUGCUUUUUACUGCAGCGCUGCUCCAGUUCCACUACACAAUGGAUGGAGUUACAUGGAAAGAGCUGAUCGGUGGGGGUGCACGGUGUCAAACCACCACCACCACACUGUUCAGCUAUCGAUGAUCUGUCUUGAGAAUAGGCCCUCAAUGUAGAAAAUCCUGGACAACCCCUUUAAAUUCAGUGGGAGUUGUAGGAACACAAGGCAAAACUGAGGAGAGCUAUGAAACUGGAAUUGUCGACCUUGGCAACCAAUCACAGCGCAGCUAUCACUUCAUUUUCUGCUUUUGAUAAAAAAAAAAAAAGCAGCGCUGUGAUUGGUGGAGGCUACUGGAAACAGUUUUGCUUUUCAAAAACCUGCCCCCGAGGAUAAGACUGCGGCUGUCAGGGCUUGCUGGGAGUUGUAGUGUUGCGACCAGAGGUUCAAAGCUGCUGAUCCAGAGGUAUGAUGGGAGUGACAACCUAAGGAAUAUUAUUUAAUACAAUGUCUUUACCAUUUUAGUUUUAGUCUUCUGCGCCAUUGCUAGGCUAGUGAGGCGAUCGGUGACUGGAAUUGUCCUUUUAGGAUUCUACAUCCAUAUGGUCAAUGAGAUGUUUCUUCAGACUCCUUGGCAACCCCUUCUUCCUAUGAGGGAGAGGAUGGCCACAUGAGCAGAUAUGCAUAUGUGUAAAUUGUACACCAGCUGUAUGUAAAUAUGACACUGUUUGUACCAUAAAUGUCUUUUAA